AACCCCCCAAAAACUUUUUUUUUUGAAAAAUUUGAAAAAACGUGCGCUCUCUGGUGGCCGACACCCUCAUCAUUUCUAACCUCAGAAUCCUCUAAAUCCAUAAAGACUGAAAAUGUCUACAUAAACAGCUAUCGAACAAACAGUCUUAUCGCGAUAUCGCCCCCUACUCCAUUCAUUUCAUUCCAAAUCCGAUUUUAGCUCUUUAAAAAAAUGGGCCGAAAAGUGACUGUGGCCAGCUCCACCCUCAACCAAUGGGCCUUAGAUUUCGACGGAAAUCGCGAACGAAUCCUCGAAUCCAUUCUCGAGGCCAAAGACCUGGGGGCCACCUUCCGCACAGGCCCCGAAUUGGAAAUUUGCGGCUACAGCUGCGAGGAUCAUUUCUACGAAAGCGAUACGUUUUUGCACUGCUGGGAAGUCCUCCUUGAACUGCUAACAGCCCCCUUAUGCAAAGACAUGAUAAUCGAUGUCGGUAUGCCCGUCAUGCACAAAAACGUGGCUUACAAUUGUCGCGUUGUUUUUCUCAACCAAAAAAUACUCUUAAUUCGUCCGAAACUAAAAAUGUGUGAUGAUGGGAAUUACAGGGAGUCGCGGUGGUUCGCCCCGUGGAAAAAAAUCCGACAAACGGAGGAUUAUUUCCUCCCUAGGAUGAUUUCAAAAUUUACAGGGCAAAGCACUGUGCCGAUUGGUGACGCGGUGAUUGCGACGCGUGACACUUGUCUCGGGUUUGAAAUUUGCGAGGAGUUGUGGAACCCGGCCAGUAGUCACAUUAAUAUGGCUCUGGACGGGGUUGAAAUAAUUUCAAAUAGUUCAGGGAGUUACACUGAGCUUCGCAAAGCUUUUGUGUCGGUUGAUUUGGUCAAAAGCGCAACUUUUAAAGCCGGCGGUUGUUACAUUUUUAGUAAUUUGCGCGGUUGCGAUGGGCAAAGAGUUUAUUUCGGGGGCUGUUCGUGCGUAGCCCUCAACGGAAAUAUCAUAAGUCGGGCCAAACAAUUCGCACUGCAAGAUGUUGAAGUCACUGUUGCGACUCUUGAUUUGGAAGAUAUAAGAUCGUACCGGAACCAAAUCCGGUCUUUGGCUCACUUGGCCGCUGAGAGUCCGUCGUACCCUCGAGUGGUAGUUGAUUUCUCCUUGUCGCAAGAACAGGACGCAACUCUUCCGAUUGCUAGCCCCAUUGAAUGGGUGUACUUGCGACCGGAAGAGGAGAUAGCGCAAGGACCAGCUUGUUGGUUGUGGGAUUAUUUGAGAAGGUCGGGACAAGGGGGCUUUUUCUUGCCUUUGAGUGGCGGCGUGGACUCGUCGAGUGUCGCCCUCAUUGUUUUCUCAAUGUGCAAAAUGCUAGUAGAGGCAGUACAGCGCGGAGACAAUCGUGUCUUAUCCGAUUUGCGUCGCGUCCUGGGGGACCCUGAAUACACCCCUCGCACCCCUUCAGAGCUAUGCAAUCGCAUCCUCGUCACUUGUUACAUGGGCACUGAGAACUCCUCCAAAGAGACAAAACAACGCGCUGCAACUUUAGCCGCCUCAAUCGGCAGUUACCACAUGCACAUAAUGAUAGAUAAGGCCAUAACGGCUAUUAUCGAGAUUUUCAGUGGGGUUACAGGCCUAUUCCCGAAAUUCGCCUCUCGUGGGGGCUGCCCUCGGCAAAACCUCGCCCUCCAAAACAUCCAAGCGCGCCUCCGCAUGGUCCUGUCUUACCUGUUUGCGCAACUGAUGUUGUGGGCCCGCAAUCGGCCUGGGGGGCUCCUGGUGCUAGGCUCCGCGAACGUGGAUGAGGCGCUAAGGGGCUACAUGACGAAAUAUGACUGCUCGAGCGCUGAUAUUAACCCGAUUGGUGGCAUAUCUAAGACUGACUUAAGGCGGUUUUUGAAUUAUGCCAAAUCAAAAUUUGAGAUUCCUGUCAUUGGGGAGAUUGUGGAUGCGCCCCCGACGGCCGAAUUGGAGCCCCUGCAGGACGGGAAGUUGGCCCAAACCGACGAGGAGGACAUGGGGAUGACGUACGCCGAACUGAGCCAGUUCGGCCGAUUGCGCAAAAUUGAAAAGUGUGGCCCUUUUUCCAUGUAUUGCAAAUUAGUCAACACGUGGGGUGGGAAUUGUACCCCGCGUGAAGUGGCCGAGAAAGUCAAGCAUUUUUUCAGAUGCUAUGCAAUUAAUAGGCACAAAAUGACGGUGUUAACACCGGCUUAUCACGCGGAACAGUACAGUCCCGAUGAUAAUAGGUUUGAUCAUAGGCCGUUUUUGUAUCGGGCGAAUUGGUCGUGGCAGUUUCGGGCUAUUGACAAACAAUUGGAAUAUCAAGGUACGUCCAAAAGGUCGAUAACGAAUGUGGGACAACAGGCGAACAAGAAGGUGGACAAUACGGCAAGGAUUAGAACCGGAAUUGCCGUUUGAAAUAAUGUUAAGAAAAAAAAUUAUUAUUCCGCUUGUUCCUUAAUUGUGAUUUUUGUCUUAUUUUUAAUAAAAGCAAGUUUUUACUUA